AUGACACAUCUAAAGGUAAGUACCUCCUUAACACUGUGCAAGCCCACUUACAAGGCCCAGAGGUGUUAGAAUUAUGUUUUCUCUGUGUCAGGUGCUGCCUUCUCCAGUCCCAGUCAAAGAGGAGUCUGAAGAAUGCUCCCUUCUGCCAGUAGAUGAAGAGGAAGUUGCCUUAAUUACAGUGAAGAAGGAAGAGCAUGAAGACUGGUUGAAGUCAGAAGAUGAGGAUGUUGUGAAGGUGUCAAUGCCUUGGGAGCCGUUGGAAACACCAUCAUCAUCAUGCUCAGAUACAGAGGAUACAGAGGACAGUGAGAUGGAAAGUGAUAAUGUGCGGGUGAGUUCAAGCAUUUAA